GCUUUGUUGGUCAUUCCAAUUUUUGCAACUCUAGAUCUAUAAAUAAGACUUCCCUUUCAGGCAUAAUCUCCCAGCCAGUUAGCACACUACGAAGUUUACAUACGCAAAGCUUUGUAAAAUGAAGACAAGAAGCCCAAUACUGUACUUCCUCUCACUAAUAAUCUUCAUCUUCUCCACCUUCACGACAAACCCAACAAAAUGUCUCGUCACGACCGAUUCCGCACCGAAUCCGGUACUCGACGUAGAAGGCAACGAGCUCCGAAAAGGAAUUGACUAUUACGUACUUCCUGCGAUCCUCGGCAACAGCGGUGGACUAACCCUAUCGUCCACCAGCAACGCCACCACAGCUUGCCCGCUAGACGUUGUCCAAGAGCAACACGAGGUUGAUAACGGCCUCCCUUUGACCUUCUCCCCUGUGAACCCCAAAAAAGGCCUGAUUCGCAUCUCCACGGACGCGAACAUCAAGUUCUCCGUCGCAAUUGUUUGUGUUCGGUCAACCGUGUGGAGGCUCGACGGCUACGAUGAAUCUGUGGGGAAGUCAUUCGUGACGGCUGGCGGCAUCGAAGGAGACCCUGGUCGGGAGACCGUAAGUAGUUGGUUCAGGAUCGACGAGUAUGAAGGUGAUUACAAGCUUGUUUUCUGCCCGAUGGUGUGCAACGUAUGCAAGGUUCGUUGUGGUGAUAUAGGUGUUUACAUGGAUGUGCAUGGAACGAGGCGUUUGGCACUUAGCGACGUGCCGUUGAAAAUCAUGUUCAAGAAGGCGUAAUUGGUUGCGGUGCUACACCCACCACUUAACAUUUCACAGCCUGUCUCGAUAAUUGGACCGUCUAAAAUACUUUUGGAUGAUGAAAUUGAGAACAGAGAGAGAGCGGUGAAUGUUGAGCGGACGUGGACUUUUGGCUUAAUUGGUCCGUUUUCUUUGAAAUUCUUGUUGUGAACGUUGCAAUAAAGGAAACACAAGCAAUAUCCAUUGACUCCGUGAUCCUAUUGUAAACCACAUGAAUAAAACCAUCUUUUCCUAUGAAAUUUUAAA